AAUAAAAAUCAAAAUGAGAGGACAAAAACAAAGUAAAAACAAAAGUAAAAGUAAGAGGGACGACUUGUUGCACACAGAGGACACACUUUAACUACAGUGCAGUUCUAGCUGGUUCUGGUUCUGUGUCAGAAGUUGUUGUUCUUCAUUAGAAACUAAAGUUUUGCAGCAGCUCCCGUCAUGAAAACGUCUGUAGGACAGUUUGCAGCCACAGUUUCUCCUCAAGCUGUCGUACAUCCAGUUGUUCUGAUGUGUUUGGCGUGUUUGGACCAGGUUCUUUUGACAGGAUCGUUCAGACGGCACAAUAUGGGUCCAUAGUCCAGACCACAUGUGGGACACGCCCAUCUUAUGUAGUCAAUCACGGGUGAAAUACAACGUUUUAAGGGGCUCAGUUGAACUUUAGUGUUGAGCGCAGAGUUUGUUGUUCUUAGCAGACGCUAGCGUUAGAUAACUCUCAGAGGAGUGGAGGGCGACACCGAGUCCUGACCCGAGUCCUGACCCGAGUCCUGACCCGAGUCCUUCACAGAGAAAUCCAAAGUCCAGCAGCUUUAAACAACCUCGACAAGACUGUACUGUGAAAACUAGACUAAAGAGAGAGAGAGAGAGAGAAAUGGGGAAGAACUCAUUUUUCUGGCAAUUUAGAAAAAAAAUCCCCCUUUAAUAAAAUGUUUAGCAAGCUCAUCUAUAUGUUGUUGUUUGUUUAAUGUAAAACUUUACAUUGGUAAUUAAAUAUAUUUGGCUAAUGAAGGUAAAACUGAGGUAAACACAGUUAAUUUCCAUCUUUGUUAUCUGGAACAUGAAUAUUAGCUCCAAUUUGGCUCAGUUGUCUCUGUGCGUCAUCGCCCCGCCCACCUGGACUGUCAUUGGCUCAUGUCUGCUCCCCUCUUCAUCUGAUUGGUCGGGGAGGUGUCCGUCAGGCAACCUUGACGCGCGAGACAAGUUUACAACUGUAUCCACGUGCGGCUGGUGCGUCCGGGCAUCCUGCGCGCGGAGAGCCGGGACGAGGACCGAGCGGCUUCACCUGAGAGCGGCCGGGCUGACGCACCUGUGAGCGGGCUCACCUGAGCGGGCGGCAGGUGUCACCUCCUCCUCCUCCUCCUCCUCCUCCUCCCUCCUGGAGGAGACAGCGGUGGUACCCACGGUCCAGCCCGCUGUGGAUCAACACUCUCUCCUCGGUUUUCUUCAUGGCGAGGAGACCCGAUCAUGUUCGCCCAGCAUGGCUGUGGCUCCUGCACCGACCCGCCCGGGACCGGAAUGGCUUUUAGCCGCGUCGGCAGACUGGACCCCCCGAACCGAGGCGUCUCCAGGAGGGCGGCGGUCAUGCUGUGCUCCCUCCUCACCUCCCUCUUCCUCCUGCACUGCCUCACCGAGCGCUGCGGCACCAGCUCCCCGGUCAGAGCGUCCUCCAGCCGGGGGCUCCUGCAGGACCUGGGCUCGCAGAGGACUAAGAGGCUGGUGUACGAAUGGACGGAACCGAUGGGCUCUGAUGGUGGGGUUGACGCCGAGCCGCCCGAGGAGUCUCCGGAUCUAGUCGCGUCCAGGAAGGUGUCGCCGAGGUUCGCAGGUAAACUGAGUCCGCUCGGGGAGGGAAGCAAGAAGCUGCCGCAGGCGCUCAUCAUCGGGGUGAAGAAGGGAGGCACCCGGGCUCUGCUGGAGUUCCUCCGGGUCCAUCCCGACAUCAGAGCCGUGGGAGCGGAACCGCACUUCUUCGACCGCAACUAUGAGAACGGACUGGACUGGUACAGGGAGCUGAUGCCCAAGACCCUGGAGGGCCAGAUCACCAUGGAGAAAACCCCCAGCUACUUUGUGACCAGAGAGGCUCCAGCCAGGAUCUCCGCCAUGUCCCGGGACACCAAGCUGAUCGUGGUGGUGAGGGACCCGGUCACCAGGGCUAUCUCGGACUACACGCAGACUCUGUCCAAGAAGCCCGACAUUCCCUCUUUCGAGAGCCUCACCUUCAAAAACAGGACUACCGGGCUCAUCGACACCUCGUGGAGCGCCAUCCAGAUCGGCAUCUACGCCAAGCACCUGGACAACUGGCUGCAGUACUUCCCCAUGGGCCAGAUCCUGUUCGUGAGCGGCGAGCGCCUGAUCACCGACCCGGCCGGCGAGCUGGGCCGCGUGCAGGACUUCCUGGGGCUCAAGAGGAUCAUCACAGACAAACACUUUUACUUCAACCAGACCAAGGGUUUCCCCUGCCUCAAGAAGGCCGAGGGCAGCAGCAAGCCCCACUGCCUGGGCAAAACCAAAGGGCGGACCCACCCGAACAUUGACCCGGAGGUGGUGCAGAGGCUACGGGACUUCUACCGGCCCUUCAACAUGAAGUUCUACCAGAUGACGGGUCGGUUCUUCGGCUGGGAAGACUGAAUGUGUUUUUGUCUGUGGCACUGAGGACUUUAAGACGAACACUGAAGGGGGGAAAUGUGACUUUUGAGGAUCAGGUUGGAAUAUUUCAAGAAAAGUUACAAAAAACAAAUCGGACAUUUAAACACGUGGAGAAUAACGUAACAGUCCAGGUGUUUUUUUGGGGCUCAAACAGGCGUCAUUUUAAUUUUAAUAUUUUGUUUGUUAUAACCUCUACAAAUGAAAACGUCUUUAUUCUCUGCCAUGAUGUCUCAUCUUGCAACAUUCAUAUUUUAUUUAUAUCAACGUAAAAUUUUAUUUGUGUUAUUUUUAUAACGACGUUACAGUUUAAUCUAAAUAUUUAAAAAUGUACGUUAAGAUUUUUACAAUAUUAUAUUUUGAGAAUAUAACAACCAAAGUCUUCUUUAAAAUAUCUAAAAUUUUAUUUAAUUCUUGAAAUAUUUCAACUUUUUCCUGAAGAUGUUAUUUUUCUCCCCGGACAGUGUUUCUUCUACUCCGUCCUCAGAACCGACUCUAAGCAAUAUGUGGCUGUUCCGGGCCAGGAGGAGGUCCGAUCUCCCCUCAGCGGCGCCUCAGAUAUGCAAUAUUUCACGGUUACAUUUUUCUGCCUCUAAAUCCACAAUCACAGAGAAGUUUUCAUGUCGAGUUGUCGGAAAGGAUUCGCGUCGUGUCUCGCUGCACUGUUUGAUGAAACUGUUUUGUUUUCUUUCUUUUCCUCGGCGGUGACGCGGAUGUUGUCUGCAGUGCUUCUUCUUUUAAGAAGGUUGGGUGAAAUCAUUUUGUGUCACUGAGUGAUUUAAGGCCAUAUUUGAACAAAAUAAAUAAAAACGUACAUAUCUGCUUUCAAAUUUUAACAUUUUUCUAGAAAAAAAAGGAUAUUAAAAAGAUAAAAAUAUAUGUAUUUUUGAAAAGUAUUUAUUCAAGAAGUAAAUAAGCAGUAUGUAUGUUGAAUAACUCCUCAGUGAAUAAUUGCUUUCUUCUUCUUAUUAUUAUUAUUAUUAUUAUUACCGUUCUUAUUUUUCGCCCCAUGCCUUCUAGAGCUUUGUUUUGUUUUAUAAUUCUCUAAUUUGUAUUUACGAUUCGCUGACGAUCACCUCGUUUUCAUACGUUUCAGGAGUCGUCUCCAGUUAGUGAAGUCACAAAGAGCUCGCUGGUGUUCAAAGCAACAGCGACUCUGGUGGAGGGAAGAAGAAAAAAAAAAAAAGACCCUCUUCCCUCCCAAAAAAAAAAAAAAAA